ACAACCCGCGGUGCUGCGGCGGACGCGCGUCCGAUUGCGGCGCGACACGAAGCGAUCGCGUCAUGAUGUAGCGCGAGUAAUUACUCCGAAUCACACGUGCGCUCCUUAGAACGUUAGAAAUAAGACGUGCUGCUUUUUCUUUUCUUUUUUUUUAAUGACCUCGUCUUGCGUUUGUGUGAUCGCGUGCGCGCGCGUGAAAGGAGCGUUUGCGCGCAACUUGGCGUGUUGUUAAACAGUGCGGUCAUUGUCGCUGAUGCAAAUAAAACCGGUCGAGGUUCCGCGUAACGUGACGACGCGUCUCACAGGCCGUUGCGCCUGUCGCGACCGGGACAGCCGCAGCCGUGCGCCCAAACGGGACCCGUCGGCGGCAGCGCUGCGCUUCCCUUCCGGUUGCGCGCUAUUUCUCCUGUGUGGCCGCUUUUACUGUCGGUUGUGGCGCUGCACUGCUCAGCGGAACGCGGGCGUGAUGCUGCCGCAGUCGGAUCACCGUAGCGUAAUUACACAUCCACGCGAGCCAUCCGUGGGCUCCUCCAGCAGCAACACGGAGGCAUGAUUCCCAAAACCCACCACCGCCCCCCCCCCAUACAAGGCCUGGUUCUACGGUGCGGUGCUGCUGCCUGGUAGCCUAUAUCCCCAUCAGCCUCACACUGGCCGUAUUGGCGUUGUGGACCUAUUUUUAACCCACGGAGCAGCCUUCACGCAGCAGGAAUCCCAAAUGACAGGACGUCUGGCUAAAGGAGCACUCAGCCCACCUCGAGUGUCCACGCAUGCUGCCGGUUCUUCUUAUACAGACCGUGAAUGCAUCUCCCGUGCUCCAUGCACCACUGCAGACACUUGCUGGUACAAUAAUAAUCCUUGAUGAUUAACAGGGACGUUCUCAUCCCAAGUGUCUGUCAGGACGAGGGAUGGGAUGCUACACAUUCUGUUCUAUUGUGUGUCUGCCUGUGUGUUCAGCGGCGUGACGGUCCCGAUGCAGAGCCACGGCCCACGGCCCCGGACGUCCUGGUGAAAGAUCUGCCUCUCAUUAGCACGCGCAGCACCACCGAGUGACCCCCCCCCCCCCCAAGCAGGAAGCAUGGUGACCCUGGCCGCCCCCGAGGCCCCGGUGCCCCUGACGCCGUGGUCCCGCUGGUACCUCUACGCCAUCCACGGCUACUUCUGCGAGGUCAUGUUCACCGCCGCCUGGGAGUUCGUGGUGAACUGCAACUGGAAGUUCCCCGGCGUGACCAGCGUGUGGGCGCUCUUCAUCUACGGCACCUGCAUCCUCAUCGUGGAGCGCAUGUACCUGGCGCUGCGCGGCCGCUGCCCCGUGCUGCUGCGCUGCCUCAUCUACACGCUGUGGACGUACCUGUGGGAGUUCGGCACGGGGCUGCUGCUGCGCCAGUUCGACGCCUGCCCCUGGGACUACUCGGGGUUCCGCUACAACUUCAUGGGGCUGAUCACGGCCGAGUACGCCGUGCCCUGGUUCUGCGCCUCCUUCAUUGUGGAGCGCCUGGUCAUCCGCAAGACGCUGCGCCUGCGCUUCCACGAGGGCCCUGAGGACGGGUGGUCAGACGGGCAGCCGGGGGCGGGGGGCGGCGGGGGGAGGAGGAGAGAGAGGAGCCGAGGGAUGGGAAGCAGCGUUAAUGGCUACCUCAAAGGGGAGUGAAUGAAGGGAUAAAAAUGAGUUGCUCUGCUACACCUCUGCCUCCACAGCCACUUUGGCUGUUUGUGAUGGAGACAGACGGGCUGCUGGGACUGACUGGGCCGGUGUACAGAGCAUCAUAACCGCCAGAAAGUGAACAUCUAACGGGGGCUUCAGGCGCCCACAUCAUCCACUGGGGCCCUCAGCGGAGGGGAGUGUUUGCUGCAUCCCAUAACGCACCCAUCCAUUUCCACGUGGGGUUGACCUUAAGAAGCCCAGGCUCAUGAAUGACGGGAUGACCCUGCUGAGAAAAACGCUUUAAAGGCGGAUUAUCAUCAUCAAGGGACGAACAAAUUAAACAACAAGGACAUUUGGCGCAUCAGUAUCUGAAAGCAUUGCUGCAUAGAAAACCGUAGCUGCAGGUGUAAUGUCCUUUUUAAAAUGUACAUAUUGUCCCUUAGUAUUAUUCAAAGUACUGUAGUAAUGUAGCUACAACAAGCUCUUUAAGACUCAGUGUCCACUCUGAAGCAGUGUGUUGUCUUUAACCAUGAAGAAUGUUAGUGAAUACCCACAAUGCCUAGGGAAAAAAAAACACGUGCAUGAAACAAUAGUUGUCUUCCAAACUACCUUUUAAUCAGCCUCAUGCCGCGGUCACGCUGCACGUCUCCUGUGCGAGUCAGGAGCGAGCGGCAGCGUAGACGAGCUCCAUCCCUGCAUGUCCAAGUGCCCCUGAGCAAGGCACUGCUCCCGGCGAGCAGGUCGCCACCAUGCAUGGCAGCUUCGCCCCUCAGUAUGCGACUGGGUACGUUUAUAUGCUGAUGAUAUGAGACUAAAGGACUUCCUUUUGUUUUCCUGACUCCCUGUCUGCAUGUCUACUGCGUGUGCUUUAAUGGUGUCUGACAUCCAUCAUGUUCCACAAUCAUUCCUCUUGAAUCACACAACUUUCCAGGUACUUUUUUUGGAAAAUCCUACAAUGAAAAGGUUCAUUUCAUCAUGUUUUGUCAUGUUUCCCGCUACGAGUAACUGUGACAGUAAGAGACUGGACUGUCAUUUUACCAACACGUGGACCUUCUUUGUGAUGUCAGCUCAUACUUUGUCUAUGAGAGCAUGGGUCCAGCAGGUUGUUAGCUGUGACCUUCUGCACCUUUUGCAUUUAUUUGUUGAAGCUGAUUUGACAGGAACAUAAAGGAGAAUAGGAAUAAGAGGAGUCGAGCGCCUGCUCAUUUCUGUCCUACACGUGGAAUAUGUAAAAUGACUCCAGAUUUAUUUUCCUUGAAGAACAGUGAUGUUAAAUGCUUGAUAACAGGCGUUGGCAUUUUAAAUCUAAAAAUAAUACAGUAGACUAUGCACAGAAAAACACACAUGGCACUCUAAUGCAAUCUGCUUUAAAAUAAAGGGUUGAGGCAAGAUUUGCUUAAUUGCAUCUGCAUUUUGUCUCAACAGCACAGCAUCUGUGUUUUCCACACUGGCGAUCACACAUUUGACAUGGUUGGUCUCCAUGUGGGUUCUGAGGUGAAAGCUACUGUACUGAUGACAACAGUGGACAUGAAGGUUUAGCCUCAGCAGGUGGAGUUGGUGCUACCAGUUCAUGUAUAACAUUGAGGUGACUUCUGAAAGGGAGGAGGAGCAUUUGUUUUUAUUGCAGCUGUAACAUUUCUACUUUGACAUCACCUCACUUUCAUUUAACUGUCAAGGAAAACACACAAAAAACUGCUACUUCACUAACAAAACCUUCAUCAGCUCAGUUGGUGUGAAAUGCAGAGUCCAGUGGAUGAAAAUCAGUAAAGCGCCACAAAUAAAGUGCUGCCACCUAGUGGCCGACGUGGGAAAGUGCAGGGAACCAGCGCACUCAAACACGUGAUCAAACAAGCCUACAGACGACAGGCGUGAUUACAUUAGUUUGAAUUUAUUUUUCGUGUUGUGUCCAAUAAACAUGCUUUUAAGCAAUAGAGGCUUCUGGCCCCGCGAUGAUUGUGCAGCUCCAGGCCGUGAACCCUCAACUAGUAUGCAGCUGAUGUCUUCAUCCAAUCCUAGUGCUUUGAGACAAAUCACAAGAACAUGCAAGUGGAGCGCACUGUGCAGUGUGUGAGGGAGAAAAUAAGCGAGUGCGUGUCUAGUGCGUUUUGCAGAGACAAUGACUCUGUGCAUGAACAAUAUGUUACACCUGAACUCAAACUAUUUUCGGCAUGUCCAGCCUUUUCAACUAACCCUCCACACUGAUUGAUUCUGAGCAGUUAUUAACGCCACUUACUGCAACUGUUGUUUUUUUGUUGAUAAAAUGUACUGUAUAUCACUUACAUUUAUUAUGUCCAUGUUUGAUUUAUCAGACUGUGUGAAUAAAUGUAUUUAUUUCAUCAUA